UUGACGUAGCAAUCCGACGCCCGGCAUCUUACGCACGCUAGUCUGCCGAGUGUUCAACAUCCUUUUGGCAAAAAUUAUCGAACUCGAGUCUAGUAUUUGCGGUCCACGAACGAAACGAGUUAUUUAAUUCAGUGGAAUACAGUGCGAAAAUUGCCAAAAGCAAUAUGUCGAGUAACUCGAUAUCUCGUCCCGAGGCUUACAAACAAACUGAAGCGAGGCCACAAAGUUCAUCGGUACAACCAAUGGGACCACCACCGACCUACACAGAAGCCAUGAAUUCGUCGCCGUAUCCACCGAUGCCACUACCCUACGCAACAACCCCGUACCCCAUCGGAGAAACAACGAUGCCGCUGCCGCAACCGACUGAACCGUAUCCCGUGGACGACAAUGUGCCAGCUCGGCCAAUGUCGACUGUCCAUUCAUCAAUGCCUGAACCUGUACACGCUAGCCACACUUCCGUUCCAACUGUAGAUUUAAGCAACAGCAUACUGCCUCGUUCCGCUUAUCAGCAGCCUAUUGUCAACCAACCGGCUGCAUACAGCGCGGAUCACGAGCACAUUUACCCAAAGACGACUUACGUCGUAUUACAAGACGACAGAAAUCGAAGGCGCGAGGAUAGCGAGUGUAGCUGCAUCGAUUGGCUUAUGUGCUGCUGGUGUUGCAUUGAGACCUGCAGGUGUAUAUCGCUCUGCGUCGACUGCUGCAAGUGA